CGUGAGGGGGAGAGAGAGAGAGAGAGAGAGGAGAAAUGUCGACUCUGAAACUACCUCCGGUGCCACCUUGCCACCGCGAAGAUGCCAUGGAGAUCUACCUGGCCUUCAAAGGAAUAGGUUGUGAUUCUGCAGCAAUUAUCAAUAUUCUAGCUCAUAGGGAUGCUACACAACGCUCGCUCAUCCAACAAGAAUAUGAAACCGCCUACUCUGAUGACCUUAGGAAACGUUUGUCAUCAGAGCUCACUGGCCAUCUCAAGAAAGCAGUAUUGCUGUGGAUGCACGAGCCAGGGGCAAGGGAUGCUUACAUUGUGAAGAAUGCUUUAAGAGGCACUGUUAAAGAUUAUAAAGCUGUAACCGAAAUAAUAUGUUCCCGUACUUCAUCCCAAAUUGGUAAACUUAAGCGAGCUUAUUUCACGAAUUUUGGUACUAAUCUUGAAGACGACAUCGAAUCUGAAGCAUCUGGCGAUCUUAAAAAGUUACUCCUUGCCUUUAUAAGUACAUCCCGCUAUGAAGGCCCGGAAUAUGAUGAAAGUUUGGUAGAAAAUGACGCUAAAGCUCUGCACAAAGCUGCAAAGAAAUUUGGACUCUCAGAAAAGACUUUCAUACAGAUUUUCAGUGAAAGAAGUAGGGCACACCUUUCUGCUGUUAGUAUCGCCUACCAUAAAUUGUUCAAAAAACCAUUAGAGAAGGCAAUAAGAGAUGAAGCACAUAAAAAUUUUGAAUAUGCCCUUAAAACGAUAUUAAGAUGUGCUGAAAGCCCUCCAAAGUUCUUUGCAAAGGCGUUGCGGAAGGCAAUGAAAGGUCUAGGAACAGCUGACACUGCACUAAUCAGGAUUAUUGUUACAAGAACUGAGAUCGACAUGCAUUAUAUAAAGGCUGAAUACCGUAAGAAGUAUGGGAAGACGUUAAAUGAUGCCGUCCAUUCUGAAACAUCAGGCCAUUACAGAACUUUUCUGCUAUCUCUUUUAGGUACCAACCAUUAGGCAUAUUUGGCCUGGGGAUAUCAUCUUGGACACAGCAUGAUCCUAACAAGAAACCAGAGAUUGACUUUCCAGAACUUGUUCGUGAUCUAAUGAACAUGUGAUCACAUGCUUAAUUUGGGUUAAUCUUCUAGACAGAUUUUGCUGGAACUGCAAA